CUACAAAACUCUGUAAAACAGCAUGAAUAAUGUAGGGCAGCUUCCACAGUAAGAAGCUAUGACAGACUUCAGACUUACCAGCGUUAAAUGGGAGCACAAGACUUAAAUCUAAGUUACAGACGCCAUUCACAGGGGCUCUGCUUGAUGUGUUAAUCUUAAAUAUUUUAAUUGAGGGCUCACAGUGAACCACAGAAUUUUAGUAAAAUCAGUAAUAGUAGUACUACUCGAAUUAUGAAGCAGCAGCUCCAGGAUUUGUGGAGAAUCAGGGACAAUAUGUGCCUGUGAGAUUUCACCCACAGAAUAUGUUGGUGAAGGCAGGAGGCUGGGUUUCUCUUCUGCAUAAUCACCUACAGCUAAAGGCUCUGAUGACAUGAGAACUACAAAGCACACAUUAAAAUGGAAAUGCACAUAUUUAAUAAACAGGAGUACUACAGCGAGGAAGGGAAAACUUUUGAAUUACAUCUUACUGGGAAAAUAAAGCAACAGUUAAGUGCUGAUCCCACUCUUCGUCCUGAAUAUCUGUCUUCUCUCGGCCUGACAAAAUUCACCCAGCGAGCCACAGAGGUGGCUCUGGGGAAGAGAUCCCAGGCUAUAUUGGAGAACCGGGUGUUAGGUGUCCACACUCCUGGUUUUACUGCAGCCAUGCGUCUGGGGGCUGAACUCUUGAGACACUGGUACGAUGUCAAUGCAGCUUGGUGCGGGCCGGUCUAUCUCUCUUCCCCUUGCGAUGACUCAUUGGCUGGUAUCUUCCAAGCUGCAGGGAUCCAAGAUAUCCGUGAGUAUUAUUACUGGGAUGACAAGCAGCGGGAUAUUUGUUUGGACAAGCUUCUGGAGGAUCUGGAGACAGCUCCUGAACAGAGUGUUGUUGUCCUGGCAGCAUCUGCCCACUGCCCAACUGGAGCAGACCUCUCUCAGAAUCAAUGGGCUGUGAUUACACAGCUCAUCUUGAGACGUAGGCUUUUCCCUUUCCUCAUGCUGCCUGCUCAGGCUCUCUGCUAUGGAGAUUUGGAGCGGGAUGCCUGGCCUGUACAACUCUGUGCCUCGAAUGGGAUAGAGCUCCUCUGUGCUCAGUCGUUCUCCCACUGCUUUGGACUUUAUGGUGAGGCUGUGGGACACCUGCUGUGCGUCUUAAAGCACAACUCGCUCCUGUUGUCUGUGCAGUCUCAAGCUGACAAAAUAGUCAAAUCACUGUGGUCCCAGCCGUCUGUAGGAGGAGCACGCGUUGUUGCCACAGUGCUCAGUAAUCCAGCCCAUCUUGUUGAAUGGCAGGGAGAAGUGAAGCACAUUGUUGAGAGAUGUAUGCUCAUUAGAGAGGUUCUGAGAGAAAGGCUGAGGCUUUUGGGAACUCCAGGUUGCUGGGACCACCUGACUCAACAACGUGGACUCUACUGCUGUAUGGGCUUGAACGGUCAGCAGGUAGAAUUUCUGUCAAAGUGGAGACAUGUGUACCUCCUUCCCAGCGGCUGUCUGAACGUGAGCGCAAUCAACGGGCGCAACCUGAGUUAUGUGGCCGAGUCCAUCCAUCUGGCCCUGACCACUUCACUCUGACCAUGUGGCUUUGGUUCAAGAUGUGAAAUCAAAGUGGCCUUUCAGCCCCAGUGAAAAACAUUCAAAUGCUAAGUUUCAAAUGUACUCUAAUUGUUUUCCCAGCUGUUGCAAAGUAAAUGCAGUUAAGCAUGUGAAAAAAAAUGGAGAGGAGAACAUGAUUUCUUAUUGAAUAGCAACUAACUUUUCAUGACAAUGGUUCAGCCAUGAGUAACUGUAAGAGAGAUGGGCUGACAUGGCUAAGAUACAUGUCCCUGUGUGUUAUACAGUAGGUCAGACAUAUUCGCUGGUGGAAGAAGUACUCAGAACGUGCAGAAUGAUCUGCUUUAGAAUUUAGAUUAUGUUAUUGGAUGGUAUUUCUUCAUUAAUGUGUACAUUACUGUUUUAGCUAGUAACGGCUGGGCUAAUUGUAAUUACUUUAUAUACUGCUGGGUAACUUUUGAAUGGUUAUCAAUAAA